AGAUGUGCCACUUCAAAUGCAGUAACAUGCACAAAGUGUCUUGCCUUGGGUCCAGAGUGUGGAUGGUGUGCUCAAGAGGAUUUCAUGGCCGACGCAAUCCAGAAGGGACGCUGUGACACUGUUUUCAACUUAAUGAAAAGAGGCUGCCAGUCUGAUUUUGUAGAAAGUCCCACAGUUCAUGUCACAAUCCCCAGUGACCAUGAAACAAACACACAAGUGACACCAGGAAAAGUUUCAGUCCAACUGCGUCCAGGAAGUGAAGCAAACUUUAUGUUAAAAGUUCGUCCUCUAGAGAAAUAUCCUGUGGAUCUUUAUUAUUUAGUUGAUGUCUCAGCCUCUAUGCACAACAAUAUAGAAAAACUAAAUUCCGUUGGAUUUGCUUUAUCUAAAAAGAUGGCAAAUAUUUCUCUUGAUUUUCGACUUGGAUUUGGAUCAUAUGUGGAUAAAACUGUGUCACCCUAUAUUAGCAUUCAUCCGGGUAGAAUCCAUAACCAAUGCAGUGAUUAUAAUUUAGAUUGUAUGCCUCCUCACGGUUAUAUUCACGUGCUAUCCCUGACUGACAAUAUAGCAGAAUUCAGAAAUGCAGUGAAUAAACAAAAGAUUUCUGGGAAUAUUGAUACACCUGAAGGGGGUUUUGAUGCGAUGCUCCAAGCAGCUGUCUGCCAGAGCCACAUUGGAUGGCGCAAAGAAGCAAAGCGACUGCUUCUUGUGAUGACAGAUCAAACUUCCCAUCUGGCUCUUGAUAGUAAAUUAGCAGGGAUAGUAAUUCCCCAUGAUGGAAACUGUCACUUGAAAGAUAAUGUCUACAUCAAAGCUACGAGUAUGGAACAUCCAUCUCUUGGGCAGCUCUCUGAAAAGUUGAUUGACAAUAACAUCAAUGUUAUUUUUGCAGUUCAAGGAAGCCAGUUCCAUUGGUAUAAAGAUCUGUUACCUCUGUUGCCUGGUACUGUUGCAAGACAGAUAGAAUCACAAGCAGCAAAUCUCAAUGAUCUGGUGGUAGAAGCCUAUCAGAAACUAAUCUCUGAAGUGAAAAUUCAAGUGGAUAACCAGAUCCAAGGUCUUCAUUUCAAUGUCACUGCAAUCUGUCCUGAUGGAAGUAAAAAAACUGGCAUGGAAGGAUGUAAAAAUGUGGGGUAUAAUGAGGAAGUACUUUUCAAUGUAUCAGUUACAAUGAAAGGAUGUGAUACAACUGGAGGAAGAAAAUACGCAGUACUUAAGCCUAUUGGUUUCAAUGAAACCGCCAUCGUUACUGUGCAGAAAAGCUGCGCCUGUCAGAAUGGAGACAGCACAAGGCACAAAAGAGUAUGGGCUGAUGAAACUUUUUCUGAUGGCAAACAGUCCCAUUGCAGUGACAAUAAUUGUAGCUCUAAUAGAGAUACGCUUCCUUCUGAGAGGUGCAGACGACACCAGGACCAGCCCAUCUGCAGUGGUCAAGGAAAUUGCAUAGAUGGAAGAUGUUUCUGCUACAAAAACAAGCUAGGCAAGGUGUAUGGCAAGUACUGUGAAAUGGAUGAUUUUUCCUGCCCAUAUCACCAGGGAAACUUAUGUUCUGGUAAUGGUGAAUGUGAAGCUGGUAAAUGCAAAUGCUUUGCUGGCUGGGAAGGCGACCGUUGCCAGUGCUCGUUACAAUCGGCAAAGCACUGUCUGAAUUCAAAGGGCCAGAUUUGCAGUGGAAGAGGAAAAUGUGUAUGUGGAAAGUGCGAAUGCACAGAUCCAAGAAGCUUUGGCCGCUUGUGUGAAUAUUGCCCUACUUGUAACAAAGCCUGUGAAGAAAACUGGAGUUGUGUUCAGUGCCAUCAUUCUAACAAUGCAUCGCAAGCUAAACUUGACCAGUGCACAACCUCAUGUGCUUACCUGCUGCAUUAUAUUGACCAAACUUCAGAAUGUUUCUCUGGACGAAGCUACUUUAGAGUCUUUUCCAUAAUCUUUAUAGUUACCUUUCUGAUCGGGUUGCUUGUUGUCCUUAUCAUCAGGCAGAUAAUUCUGCAGGGGAGUAGCAAUAAAGUUAAAUCUUCAGCUGAUUACAGAGUAUCGGCAGCGAAGAAGGAUAAGAUGUUUUUGCCUACUGUUUGUACAAGAACAGUAACAUACAGACGUGACAAACCAGAGGAAAUAAAUAUCGACAUCAGCAAGUUGCGAUUAAACGAAACAUUCAAGUGUGAAUUCUGA